CGUAUGAUUCGCCCACAUUUCUAGUGAUUACAAUUUAUUGUUUACAUUAUUUGUUACCAGGAAGUAGGAUUUAAGAUACGAACAGUGAAUACACGAUAUAAAAGUUCAAAUUGUUUUAAAUAAUCAAUACAACCAUACAACUUAAAAUUCAAGGUUGGACGGGUAUAUCUUUAAUAUAGUUCAAAGUCUAGGGGAUUGUACGUUCCUACGUCUACUUGUAUUUGUAAGGUAUAUUGAAUUUUUAACAAUGAGUGCAUUGGAAACAGUUAGAGAUGAAGAUUUUGUGGAGUACUUUUUGUUUGUCAAAUCGGACAACAAUAGAGGCCAAGAAGAAUUUGAAGAAUAUAUAAAACACUUGAAUACAAAAGUGUUAGAAUUGGCCAAUCGACUCUCUGAUGAGUAUAUCUGGCACAAGGAUCAGUUCAAUUUGAUUCCACGGUUUUUUCCUUCAGAGGAACUGCAACAGUCCUUUCCUGACAAUUCUGUUGGUAAUGUAUACUACUUAUCAUCAUCAGUGAUUAAAUAGGUAUAGUGGCGUGCGCAGGAGGGAAGGGGUUAUUGGUUAUAUUUCCCCCCAUCGGCUUAAUAAUACAAAAAAUGUACUUAUAUUUAAUAGUCUAAUAUUGAAAUGCACAUAAUAUUUCAGCCAAGUUACAUAAGGAAAAGCUUCAUGUAUUGAUUAGAAAUUGGCUUUUUUUAGGAUUGGGCUUAUUCGCUACAUCCCCUCACAUUGAAAAUUCCUGGGCACGCUAUUGAAUAGGUAUAAUCAAUAUUCUAUAAAUAUACUAGGUAAUUGUUUAUUUAUCUGAAUGAAUUUCUAUUUGGAUAUUCACUGUAGCAUUCAGUCUUCCUAAAAGUGACAUAGUAAAAAUGUGUUUUUGGAGUUCCAAUGGUACUCUUGUUCUAAUACACUUUAAACUAAAAUUAUUUUACUGAUUAAAAAUGAAUACAUUAACUAUGAUUUUUUUGAUAUAUUAAUUAGGUAUACAAUUUUCUAUUAUCAUAUUUUCUAAACAAUAAUAUAACAUACAUUAUAAUGUUUAUAUGUUAAAUACAUUCAUAUUUUAAGUUUGAAGUAUGAAUAUAUUUUCUGGGAAAUAGAUAUCAAAAAAUUCUCCCUUGAAAAAAUGGUAACAUUUUUUGUCUGUAAUUUGGUGAUAUAAUUUUUGUUUUAGGUCAAUGAGAUUCUGAGUUGGUACCUACUAUUGAAAGUACAAAGAUAUAUUUUUGUUAUACUUCUAAUUUGAUAGACAGAGAAAACAAAUGUUACUGUGACACCCUCUUAAUAAUUAUGCUUUUCCAGGUAUUUUACCACCUCAUUUGUAUGGAGUAACACAUUAUGGGGAUAGCAUAGAAGACGAAUGGUUCAUUGUUUAUUUGCUCAAAGAGAUUACAAAGGAAUAUCCUGAAAUCAUUGCUCGGUACGUGAGUUGUUAUUUUUUGAUUUUUCAAUGUUAACACUUAAAAUUUAGUAUUAUAGAUUCAGAUGGUGAAUUCCUAUUGAUUGAAGCUGCAGAUCAUUUACCUAAAUGGGCCAAUCCUGAAAACUGUGACCAAAGGGUAAUUAUGCUUAAUUAAUUGACCAAGCGAGUUAAGCAAGCGAAAGUUCCAAAAGAUGAUACACAAAAUGUGGAUCUGAUUGAUUUUGGUUUCAUAAUGUAUGUAUAUGUACUCUUUGUUAUGAUAUUUUUCUCUUUGUUCUUCCAAUCACCACACAUUCGUCUAGUGGAUACUCGCUAGGUCACUGUUUACCAAAUUACUAGUUUUUUUAUGAUUAUAAAAUUUAUACAUUUCAAUGAAUUAUUUUAUAAGGUUUAUAUAAGUGAAGGUGACAUACAUAUUAUUCCAUUGUCCAGUGGAAAUAGUAAAAAAACAAUUGCUAUUCCUCAAGCAUUAGAACAGAUUGCAAAGUAUUCUACUGCCACUAUAGCUGCUCAAAGUGUAAAUUCUGCUAUAUCAUCUCGUCUGCAUGGGUAAUAAUUAUAAUUCAAAUCUUAUGUACAAUUUACUUAAAUUUACAUUGUUUUACUUGUCAGGUAUCCAGAAAAAAUUAAAGAAACUCUUCACCAUUGUCAUGCUUAUAUACCUGUAGGUGUAGCAUAUAUAUUAAAAAACCAACCUAGUUUAAUAGCACCAGCUGUUUUAGCUUUUUGUCAUAGAGAUUCAUUGGAUGUUAGAGCUUGCCAUGUGAUGAAGUAAUGAUUUAAUUUUAAUUUUUGUACCUAUACCUUCUUAUUUCUAAUAAUAUAAUUGUUGUUUGUUUUUAGAAAUUUUCCUCCUAAAGAAAGAGUAAUGUGUUCAGUAACUAUGACUAAAUGUUUAUAUGCAAUGCUUGUUCAACAAAAAUUCAACUCAGAUAGAAGAACUGGUUGGAAUUUAGUUGAAACGUCUGACCCUCAAUACAAAGCUCAAAUCACAGGAAUUAAAAUAGUAAAUACAUUCAAUUUUUAUUCUAUUAAUAAAUUAUAAAAAAUCUAUAACAUUGAAAUAUAUUCUGUGUAUAUGUGUAUAUGUAUAAGUACUGUGGUUUAGGUUCGAAUUGAAAUAUUAUUCAAAAUUCCUAGAUUGUUAAAUAAAUAUAGUAAUAUUUUAAUAAAACAAUUUUUCAGUCAGAAUUAAAAAUGUUGUAAAAUAAUAAAGUAAAAACAAAAUUAUAAAAAUGGUUAAUACUUGUAAAUAAAUAAAGGAAAUAAAUAUAUAAAUAAAAAUUGUAUGUAUAAAAAAAAAAUAUAUGAAUUAAUGGAGUAUUAUAAUAAUUGUAUUAUAUGACCAGUUACUAAUUAAAAAUUCAUCAUCAGGUAUAGAUAUCACAGUCAAAGUGUAAAACACGACUGAAUAUAAAAAAUUUAAUGAAGAGUACAUAGAAUAUAGAAAUAAUUUAUAUUAAUAGGAGAAAUGAUUUAAAAGUAGUUAUUAUUAUACAUAGAUAUAUUUAGAAAUAUAAAUUAUUUAUUAUCUAAAAUGUAUUGUUAUAAGAUAUUAUUUUUAAAAUAUUAUUAAAAUUAUUUUUCUUCAUUUUAUUGUGUAUUUGUGAUUCUUCUAAAACUUAAUUAUUGUAAAUGUUAUUUUGGGUAUUUAUUAUUUCUAAUUCUAUAUUAAUAUUUAAACUUAUAUCAUGGUUAUUUUUUAAAACAUGUUUAGCAAAAUUUGAAUUUGGGGCAGUCUUUUUUAAUUUUAUCUCAGAAAUGUAUUCUUUAUAUCUUAUUUUAAAAUUUCUAUUUGUCUUACUUAUAUGAAAUUCAUUACAGUUAUAUUUAAGUUUAUAUAUAUAAACAAAUAGACAUUUUUAAAUAAGAUAUUAAGAACACAUUUCUGAAAUAAAAUUUAAAAAGACAUUUUACAUUUUGAUUGAUAUACUUGAUGAUAAAUUUUUAAUUUAAAACCUGUCUUGUUACUGGUACUUAUUACUGGUAAUUUAUCAUAAUACUCCAGGCAAUGCAUUCAUUAAUUAAUUUAUUUUAUUUUUUAUACAUACAUUUUUUAUUUAUAUAUUUAUUUACUUUAUACAUGUUAAGCUUCUCUCUCAAUUAUAUUCUUUAGUGAACAUUUAGAUUUAACUUAGUACAACAGCUACAAAUUUAACAUAUAAACUAAGUGAAAUUUGUAUUAAUCUUAAUAUACUCUCUAUUUUUAAUUAAAAUACUAGUAUAAUUUUUGUUAAUAAUUAUAGUAAUUUAGAAACUAAAUUUCAUAUCCUUUCCUUGUAAAUUUAAACUGGACAAAAACUAGCUGAAAUGUAUGUUUAGUUUUUUUUUUUUUUAAUAAAAAUAUGUAUUUUAAAAAUUGUUAAAAAUUAUAAUUGUAUUGUUGAUAUUUUGUUAAGGCUUGUGGAUUUGAAAUACUAGCCAGCCAAGCAAAAUCAACUACCAAUGAUUUAACUUAUGACAAGCGGUGGCAUCAAUAUAAAACUUCAUUGGAUAAUAAAGGAUAUUUUAAGGUAUUCAAAUUAAUUAACAUUGUUUUCCAUUUAAUUCAAUGUGAAAUUUCAGUUUAUUAAUACAAAUUAAACAUUUACUAUUUACAGUAAAACUGCAUAACUUAGAAUACUUUAGAAGGUCAAAUAGUAACAGGUUUUAAGGUAUAAACAAACAAUUAAGAACAAUUUUAACUAAAGAGUUAAAAGAUACUUUUAUUAAUUGUUAUUAAAGCAUUUUUCCAAAAAUAAUUUCACACAUAUUACAAUUAUGCAGUCAUAAGUGGCUGUAGAAAUGUAAUGAUUUUAUCACAUUGAAGUUGAUAAGUUGUACUAAAUAUAAAUAUGAAAUUGAUUUUAAAUUUUUAACCAAGGGAAAUUUUAAUCCAUUUUAAAGACUACCUUAGGCUGUAGGAGACAAUAAUAUUAUAAUGUUCUAUUUAAUAAUUCUGUUUAGUUUUCUUUAACUACCAAUAUUAUCUAGCCAUAAAAUUAAAACAUUUAUAAUAAGUUAUGUUAUGACACCAAUUAUUUCUCCCUUAUUUCUAUGUUACCUAUUAUUAUUUUAUUGUUUUUAGUUCAAUUCUACUUUAUUUAUAUGUAUUUUUACAAAUAACCUAUAAAUUAUAUAAUUUUAUUAUUGGACAAACAAAUUUAAAUUUUUUUUAAACUAAUAAUUUGCUUACUUUUUGUAGAAUUUAUUUAAAGGUUCAAAUGGAUAUAAAUUAUUAGAAGACCAAGCUAAGGAGUAUUACUUAUCAAAUGUUGAUGAGUAUUUGUCAGCGCCAUCAAUAAGUCAAAGAAUUAAAACUAUUUUAGAUGGUAUUACUGAAGGUGAAUUAAAACAACUGAAAAAUGAUGUAACUGAUCUCAAACCAGCUGAUGAUGAAAAGUGGUUAGAUGUAUCACCAUCCGAUUUAGACCAUAUUCUUGAACAAAAGUUUGGAUUAAGUAAUUCUGAUCAAACUUCUUCAUUAAAUAUGGCUUCAUCUUUUGCUGAUAAAAUUAGAAGUUUUUUGAAUCAAGCAUCUGAUAUCAAUGGAGCAGAUUUUUCUAAAAAUCAUUUGAGGUAAGUACAUUCUUGCAUAUAAGCUUGGAUACAAAACUAUUAGACAUCAAUAUGAUAAUGCUUAGAAAGUUUUUAAUAAAAUUAGCAAUAUUAAUACGUCUGUAAUUUUAAUGUAUAAAUAGUGACGAUUCUUCUGAUGAUAAUGAUGAUGAUGAUGAUGAUAAACCCGAAGACAAAUUAUCUAACUUAUUAGUUUGUGGACCAGAUGUAAUGCGUCCGACAAAUGAUGACAAAGAAGUGGUAGAAACUAGAUACAAGGAAAAGAAAACUAAAAGUAAUGAUAAAAAUGGUGUGACGUUUGAACCCGAAAAAUAUGAAGCUGCACUCCGAAAUAUUAUAGGUAUCACUUGAUUUAAUUCAUUAAUAUAAUGAUAACCAUGUUUAAAGUUUAUUCAUUUUAGAUUUUAAAAUACCUGAUGACAAUUGGGAUGAAUCUGACAGUUCUGAUAUGGAUUCAUAUGGCAGUGACUAUGGUGACUCAGAGUAUGGUAAGGAAUUUUCAUAUGUAUACAAUUUUCAUACAUUAUGUUUAAAUGUUAUACAUCAGGGGUCACCAUUUAAUUUCUAUAGAGGUCCAUUUUGAAAAUUAUAAACUUUCCAAACAGUUUUAAUGACUUUUACACACGUUAAUAAAUACAAAUUUUAUAAAAAUUGUGCAAUGUAAAUUAUAUAUGCCACAUUAUUAUAGUUUUCAUAUUUAUAUUAUACAAAUUUAAAAACUAGUCCGCAGAUAAGAGUCUGUAAAAAAAGUGUUUGCGGUUCGGAUCCGUACCGCAGACCGCUAAUUGGUGAUCCCUGUAUAUAUACAUUCACUAAAACUUUAAAGUCAAUCUCAAGUUUUAGUACAUUUUUUUAAAGUAUCAGAUUAAAAUAAAAAUAUUUUUAACACAUGUAAAAUUUAAAAUAAAUACAAAAUUCUAUUUUAUAAUGUUAAGAAUACAUUUAACAGUGUUUAGGUAACUAAUUAUGAAUAUCAUUGCAAUGCAAAUUUCAACAUUAUAAAGUCACACAUUAAUAAUUAAUCCAUCAGUAUUUUUCAAUUUUUGUUACUGUGUGUUGACCAAGUUUUUUAGUAGUAUAUAUAUUACCCUUAUAACUCAUAAGCAAAAAUGUCAGUCUAACAAAAAUUCAAAAAUGGGUUAAAUACUUAAAAAAAAAAAAAAAUAAUAAAAUUCAAACCUAUUAGAUUAUUAUGCAGUAUGUCUUACAAGAGACUAUUAGCAAUAUUUGUUUUGACUCAAUUCUCUAAAUGGUCAAAAAAUUUAUUUUUGCUCAGUAUACAAUACAAAUAAUAAUUUAUCACAUUUAAACUCAAUACAUAUUGUGAUUUUGCUUAUCGUAAUGUCACAUGACAUGUACAAUUUAUUUGUGACCUUUAGAUUAUCAAAAUAUUUAAUAUAUUUGUAAUAUAAUAAGUUGGAUAAGUACUUAAAAAUGUAUCUAUUAAUAUUUAUUUUUAUUUCAUUGUCUUUAUCACGUAAAAUUACAAAUGAAAAUCAAUAUCAUACUCUAAGAAGUAAAAUGUAUGAUGUGUUAUGAAUUUUAGAAAAUGCAAAAUAUAAAAAUAUUCUUUAGUGAUAGUAGAGGGCAUAUAUAUAUAUAUAUAUAUAUAAAGUAUAAAUAACAAUUAUUAUAGGUAUUAGGCAAGGAUGAAGAAAGCGAUAUGGACGAUUGCUCCCCCCAUUCACUCACCCCCUCCCACCGAUAUACUCUUAGCUGUAUUAUACUCCUAGAUUGAUUCAUCAUUGAACUCAUCAUAGAUGUUUGCUGAUAUGUAUUUUAAAAAUCGACCCCUCCUCCUCUUAUCUUAACUUGGAUCCACUAUUAAGUAUAUAUUAGUUUUUUUUUUUAUUUUUAAACAUGAAAUUACUAUUGGCAUGAAUAUUAAACAUUUAGUUGAUAACUAAUUGUUCUAAAAUCUUUUUGAAUGGCAACAGUGAGUAUUGUGCAAACAGAGCCCUGUUUUUUCUUUACUGUCAGUUAAAUCAGCAAAAAAAAAUAAAAAUAAAAAAGUCUUUGAUUUGGUACCAAUGCAUUAAUCAACAUAAAAUUAAUUUGUUAUUUUUUUAAUAUUGUGAUUUAAAAUUAGGAAAUCAAACUAUUCCUGGUAUGUCUAUUCUCAUGGCUGAAAUGGAUAAAGAGUUACAAACUACAUCUAUGGGAAGCAGUUUCAUUACAAAAUCUAUAAAUGAUAAUGAUAAGCCAAAAGUAUGUAAUUUAAAUUAACUCAUAAACAACUUAUUUUUUUUUUUAUUUGUCUUUGCAGAAAACUGUUCGAAUAGACCCUACUGUUCAAAGUAUGGACAGCGAAGACGAUAAUUUUUCAGAUGUGGAAGAUUUUAAACCAGUUGAUGUAGAUUUGAAUGCUUUUGAACAAAUUUUAAAAUCAUAUAAAGAACAACAUGGACUUCCAGGACCUGCUGGUAACCUUUUAGGACCAGCUGGUUUAAAUUUAGGUCAAGGUCCUUCUAAAUAAUUUUGUUUUUAAUUAAUAAGUACAUCAAUAUUUUUCCUCUUUUGAUAUAAUAUGUUUGUUUUACGUAAUUUAAUAUUUCUAUUUUUUAAACUUUACUAUUUCAGGUUUUAUAUAUUUUAGAAGUGUUAUAUUUUAGUUCAAUUUGAAAUAAUAGUAAACAAUUUUAACAAAAAAUACUGAUUUAAAAUGUUUAUAAAUUCACCCAUAUCACAGUAGAGUAGCCAGAUGGUGUGCCCCCAUCAUGCCCCCCCCAUUCAUAAUUGGAUGUAUUUUUGAAUAA